AUGAAACUUACAGCCGCCUCUUUGGUGACCGGCACAAGUAUAGCCCUUACAGGGGCCGAUGUGAGCCCAGUGACUCUAAAUGCGGAAUGGUCGCGCCUGGCGAGGCUGCUCCUACUUGCAGCCCUUUCAGUAUGCGGCUGUGUCGGCAACGUCUUCAUGAUCAGUGCUUUUAUGAUAGAGGACCGCCUUAAAAAAACAGGCAAUGCAUUUGUGGUGAAUGCAGCCUUGUCUGAUCUUCUGAUCAGUGGUCUUCUAGUGCCAUCCUCAGCAGUGGUUCUCCUGGCAGGAGCAGACGAUUCCAUAGCAUUAUGCAGAUUUCAGUGGUUUCUGGCUUCUACAAGUUUUUUGGUCACCGCAUUUACCAUGGCCGUGUCCGACACUCGGGGACUUUCCCCUAGUAGUCCUUUCAUUAUAGUGAGUUCACCUUGGAAUUCGAGAUACCCAGCUCUUAUAGCAGGAGAAAAUCUAUCACGCGUUUAUCCUGAUCGACCUUCCAACAAAGUCUUCCUGACACCGGCAAGGUGCGCCUGCUCGAUAGCCCUGGUUUGGUUGGUUUGCGUCAUGGUGUGCUCGGUGCCUCAAAUUAUGAAGAAUCAGGAAGCUGAAGACUUAAUUAUAUUAAAAGGCAAAUCUCUUACAAGAGAAACCAUGAACGAUGGAUUUCCUGGUUUAGAUUAUUGUGCCAGGAGAUUUAGGAAACUGGGACGACAGUUGGAUGAUACGGAUGAAACGCGAGCGGGGCCCAUAGCUUUAUUGGUAACAGUAUGCGUCCCAUGUUGUAUUGCACUUCUCCUGCACAUUUGGGCGCGCCAUAGAGUCUCCAAGGAGCAGCAGCGCGCCUGCUCCCGAAGUUCUGAGCACAAAAGUCCGAGUGGAUCUUCAUCUCGUUUGGGAGUCUUGCAAAUAUCUUGCUCCUUCGAUCCUGAUCUUGCGCGUGCCAACCUGGCAGGUUUGUGCGCAUUCCUGAUGUGCUGGUUGCCUUUCGGAGCUUGCUUCGUACCAGAACCGAAUCUUGUACCUGAUUCGGCUUUGUACAAUACGGCCUGGUUAGCAUAUAGUCGAAGUUGCUUGAAUCCAUUACUGUAUUGUGCAUUAGAUGGCAGGUUCAGAAACGCUUAUGUGAACCUAUUCCACUACUGUUGUUGCAAAACAACAGUAUCUUUCUCACGUCGUCAAAGAGGUUGUGGAUCUAAUUCAGGAGCUGGUGACUCCAGGGGCGGAAUGGAGAGCGGUUUGGGCAGAUCAGGAGGCGACGUCAGGGUUCACAUCAUUCCUGGGUACAACAUGUACUCCUACACCAGCCCACAAAGACCAUGCAGGCAAAAUGGACGUGAUGUAUAUGAAUUAUGA